CCAGCACAUAGCCUACCUGCUGCCUUAUACCUGCUCCACAGUUAUUCAUGUCAGAAAGCACCACCGGCCACCAUGUGGACGAGGCAUGAGAGCAGAAAUUAAAGGAAGUCAGUUCUUUGCAGUGAAGUUUCUUGCCCACUGGAUAUGUCUGUAUACAUAAUCUACAGGAGCCAAGUGAUAUUUCAUAUGCGCUCAGCAUGGAUCCACUACAAGUGAAGUGUUCUCAUGGAUAUUAUUCGUCGUUAUAGCUUUGGACGAUUGCUUCACCAUAUAUCUCCAGAUCAAGUUUCUCUGACCGCUCCUGUUGGAUUUGAGGUUUGUGAUGGCAGCUAUGGGAGAGAUCGGGACGUUUUUACAGAGCCUGGAGGGUUUCGGACAGGUCGGAUCACAGUUCUUCCUACCACCUCUAGGAGAAAACCUCGGGCUGUUGAAUGAUCAUCUAGUUCCAGCAGAGAGACUGUCACGGAGCACCUCCGCAGAUCUAACGCACUUGAAAGGGAUUUUGCGGAGAAGACAGUUGUACUGCAGGACUGGAUUUCACCUUGAAAUACUCCCGGAUGGCAGCGUGCAGGGCACGAGAAAGGACCACAGUCGUUUUGGUAUUUUGGAAUUCAUAAGCCUUGCAGUUGGAUUAAUAAGCAUCCGUGGAGUGGACAGUGGUCUCUAUCUUGGGAUGAACGACAAGGGAGAACUUUACGGCUCUGAGAAACUCACAGCUGAAUGUGUCUUUCGUGAGCAGUUUGAGGAGAAUUGGUACAACACAUACUCUUCUAAUCUCUACAAGCAUGGGGAGAGAGGAGCGAGAUAUUUUGUGGCACUCAACAAAGAUGGCACGCCACGUGAUGGGACAAAAUCUAGGAGACAUCAAAAGUUCACUCAUUUUCUUCCAAGACCAGUGGACCCUGAAAAAGUUCCAGAACUUUACAAAGAAGUGCUUGGAGUGCUGAGACCAUCAGUCCCAGCCAAGGGGUGAGAGGGAUGCCCAUUUCUUCUCUAAAUGAGGUGGAGAUGCUAAUGUUCGGUUA